AUGGGUGACCCCGUUGAGUUUUACGUUUCUUGUAACCCGCCGUUACUCCCCAAGGGUGUUGCAAUCGCUGUGGCGGAUAUUGAGAAUAGCCUGGGAGAGAUUGUAUUGGAGGUACUAUACGAUCCUGAACUACCAGGGUUUAAGUUCAUCUCCCAAGUCGAGCACCAGGCUCUUAUCACCCACUGGAUGACCAAUCAUCUGGAACAGUUACUAGAAUCUGAGACGGGGGUUCUUCUACCCGAGUUCGAAGAUGAAGAGGAAACAAGUCAGCCUGAUGUUCUGAUACUUGCCGAAAUCCCGCACGUGAUUUCAUACCCUUUGUUUCAGCAAAGGUGUAUGUCAAUCAUUGAGGAGUACGACCCUUGGAGAUAUCCAGACAACAUCAAAGAUCUUUGUCACAAAAAGACUUGGCGCACCCCAGAAGAAUUGGAGGGAGACAUCGCUGCGCAACUUCUUUCCAAAUUUGAGCCCCUAUGGCCAGCCUCACUUGCUCCGCCAGGCGUUGAGAAGUUAGGAGAACCUACAAACUGUCAGAUAUCCCACAACUUGCAAGGUACACUUUUCUACUUGGGCAGCGAUGACAGUGCGAACGCUCUGGAUGUGGCAACACGCAGACUCAAUACACUUGCAAGCUUUCUGGAUGCUCCCUCGGCUACAACCUCUCACCUCGUCUUCACCGAAAGCCUCGACCAGACCAAACUGUGUUACCAAUGGGUGACACAGCUUGGUAUAUCAAGGCUAACAUAUGUUUAUCCUGAAUGUGUUGAUUUGGAGGACGAGUACAAGCGCCUUGCAGGCGCAGUAACUUUGAGGAAUGGAAUCACCAAUCCCAAAGGUCAACUAAUCCCGGAUCCAACUACAUAUCCCAUUGGGGACCAGGCCCCUGUAUCCAAGCAACCAGAAUUCCGCCCUUUUGAGCGAUACGCCUAUUCCAACAAGCGGUCUGGUACAUCGGCCGCUAGAGAUAAGCGAGCCACCAAGACUUCGCUGGCCUAUCUUCCUCGGGUCCCUCCUGGCGGAAGAACCUCAGGAAAGGUAUCUCUGCAAGAUCACACGGUGAGUCGAUGGCUCGGGACUAUCAAGCCCCAUGUGCCCCCGCAAAAGCCAAAUGGUCUCGAAGAAUAUGAGAACGAAAAGCCAGGUGGUUUCAAAAAAAGAAAUGAUGUUGAAAAGCCAGUUGACAAGAGAGAUUCUGGGUUGAUUGAGGUUGAUGGGACAGACGAUAACUGUCCAGAAGAGAACGACAUUCUUCAGGGGCUUUCUCGUUCUUCUAUACUGGUUCCAGUGGAUGACCAACAGAAUCAGGAAAUUCUCCUAGGUCAGCAAAUGGUAGCAUCGUCUACGGGAAACUUGAUGGAUAUUUUCGAUGAUCCUAUCAGCAUCCCCGUCCUUCAACCUGUGUCUUCUGAGGUCAUAUUCGGGAAACGAAACGACGAGGGAAAAGAUUUACACCAAACGAUGAAUCAGAAAGCUUCAAAUGAUCCCUCAUGGGCUCGAAUUGCUGCCAAAAAUAGUCGCAACCAGAAGCAAGAUCCUACGAACUUUGGGUCGAAUGUGCGAGUCAAGAGUGAUCGUCCCUUUGCUGGGAAACCAACGACAACAAAGCCAGUUUCCGAAGAAAAACUGACAGUUCAAGGGACUUCCAGUAGUAACUUUGCCCUGAGUAACAGACAACAACAGACGUAUCCCAAGGAGUCGUACCGCGAAAUCCAGGUCGAUGUCCCUGCCUCCAUGGGAAUGAGAGCACCCACGGUUACACACGGCAACGACGAAUGUGCCAGAAUCUUGCACGAAGCGGAGAAAAAGCUGCAAGAAUUGGUGAAGGUUUUGCAGGUCGUGCCUGGACACAUUAGUAUCCAGGCCAAGUUUGGCAGGCUUUGUGUCAAAGGUAUUCCAGCCGCCGAAGUUUACAUGAACCCCACCCCCUAUGGGCCUUUCAACACAGUCGGUACGGUCGUCAAAAGUCUGAAUGAUACCAACCCUCCUGUCGAGUUUUCCCCUAUCUUAACGACCAGCGCUGCUGAAGCGAACUUGAUCUCGAUGGUUCCGGGUGGCAGAGCCUCGUGGAUCUUGGUCGGUAAACGCGUCUUCUAUGAGUUCGUCUGCGUGCAGGAAGUCUACAUCUCAGGAGAGGCCGAACCGCACUGCCACGAGAACCGGCUUGUUGUGAAUGUAGAUGCAGGCGAAUUCACUCACGAAUGUCUUCCUUUGACACAUGAAGUGUCCCGCGCUUUCGUCCACUGUACACGACGAGCAUGGGAUAUAAAACUUUGCAUUUCGAAAAGGGACAUGACGCAGGUUACUGAGGAGUUUCAGAAGUUUGCUGCGUCACUGGUGCGCUCAAUGGACAUCGAGACAAAUGAAAUAGGAGAAAUUGUCAUUCAGGUCGAGCCGGAGAGUGCCACAGGAUGGCACAUAGAGCGGACAAGGAUAUGUCAUGAAGCUACAUAUCGAAACGGGGCAAAAGGCCCCAGCUGUCUUACGACCACCAUGUUUCGUGUGGUGGAAAGGAUUCCGGGUACCGCGAAAGGCCUAUAUCGAGGCCAGUCGGUUCCUGUAACUUUGCUUAGCCACGGACAGAUUGGGCAGUGGUAUGAAGCCAGCAUCUCGUCAAUCAAAGCCGAGGACGUCCUGCAAGAGAAUGUCGGGCUUGAACUUGGCGAACAAACGUCUUGGUCGGCCGAUGAAUUGAAAAGACUUGGGGCAUUCAAAGCCGUGUGCGAGCCAGCGAUACGAAUGGUGCGCCAAAUGGAUAAGGUGGGCAACACGAACGAGAACGGGCAUGGUACCCAGACCGAUCAGCCGCCCUUUGAUGCUAUUCAGUAUCUGGAAGACAAGGAGAAGAAGUAUUCAUAUUGGUGA